GAAGCGAGAGGACGAAGAGAGAAGAGAGAAAGAGAGGGAAAAACAUGGCGCUUGCGAGCUGUACGUGCAAAAUCCGCAAGGAAUUGCAGUAAAUUCCUUUUUGUUUGAAGAAAAUUUACAACUUGGUAAUAGACCUUUUUAUGACCUAUUUGCGGUCGUCAUUGGCUGCGGCUGGUCAUGUGCAGGCGCCGCUCGCCUUCACGGCCCUUUUCCUGAUUUCCCAGGCGAAUUUCCCCCCCGCAUUCUGCCUUCCUGAGCCUCACCCCCUCUUUCCGUAACCUUUGUCUCCGCAGAGGUGGGCUCCAGUCGCGGCUGCGGGAGUGCGGGCUCCGCGGGCCUCGGCUCCCACCCGGUGCCCGACUUGGCCCCGCCGCGGCCUCCGGAGCCGGCGGGGAGCCCGGCGUGCUGGUGGGGAGCCCGGCGGGAGGAAGAGCCCGGAAGGAGCCCCAGGCGCCGGAACGCCCGCCGCCGGCGCCGACAGCGCCCGCCUGGAGCCCCCGGCCGGCUCCCGGGGGCCGCCGCGCCGCCGCGCCGCCCGGGCUCCUUCGCAGGCCGGCAGGUCCAUGACGCCCGGAGCGCGCGGAGCCCGGCCGCGCCUCAUGGAUUACAGCAGCCUCCCCGGCCGACCCCCGCCUCCAGCUCGCAGCCUCCGGGUUCGGGACCAGCAGAGACCGCCGCUUGCAUUGGCCCCAGCCCAGGGCAGCUUGGUGCCUGCAAGCAGCGCCUGCCUCGGGGUCUGCAGCAGCAGCAGGACGGAGAGGCCAGCCAGGCUCCGGGCCCAGGAAGGAUGAUCAGCGGAUCCACUGAGCCUGGUGACACAAAGCACCCUUUUCUUCAAGAAGCACCUCACCUUUAUACAGAGGCUCCUGUGUAAACGCCUAAUUGGUUGCAGGAAUUCGGAGCCAAAGGGCUAGGUUUUGGAGGACUGGGGAGUGCGGUGGGAGGCCAGGUAGCCCCAGCUCGGCCCUCAAGGAGCAUGAGGUUGGAGGGUGCCUCAGGAGCGGCUCACUGGCCUUUGAGUGCCCUGUAAGAAGGAGGCGAGCUGGAAAGAAGGAGUGCGGAGUCCUUUUGGGGUCCAUUUGGGUGGGGUGGGGUACCCUCGCCAUCUUCCUGGCACACCUCUCAGCUUCACGGGCUGAGGCAGGGGGAACCUCUCGCCAUACCUGCAAGGCCUGGCUUUGGCUAGAAUUACCCCAGCUUGGGCACUCACAGAAAGCUGGGCGGUUACUCAUUGCCUAAAUGGAUUCAGGCCAGCCAGAUUGUAGUAACUUUUGGGUGACCCUGAGGAAGACAAAGCCGGGACUGAGCCUUUGUAUGGCAGUCCCCGUUCCCGCGGCCCGGCUGGCGGGAGCUCUUCCUGCUGGGGUAUUCUGCCCAACUCUGAGCUGCCUCACCCAGCUGCCUUUUGGUGCCUACACUCCAACGGAUAUUCGGAUUCAGUCCACUUUGAGCUGUGCCCACUUUGGGGGGCUGUUUUCUGGCGGGUUGGUGAGUGGAGAGGGCACCGGAGAUUAGCAAAGUCAGUGGCAGACAAAAGCUGGAAUUACUUUCGGGGGGAUGAGGGUGCUGAGGGUUUGAAGUAUAUUAACAUCUCGUGAGGGCCCUCGAAUGUGCCACAGCGAGUCACUUGAUUACACGUAUGUUAUUUAGUUAAAUUUGUGAAAAUUAUGAGAUGCUCACCAACCCGGUGAUAAACUCGCUCCCUCGCUAUUGGCUGGCCUGGUCACAUGGCCGCCAACUUUAUUCAGUUGACAGCAAGUAGGAGGGCCCUAUGGAAGGAGAAAAAAAGACAACACGAGAAAAAUUAGUAUUUUCUACCUUCUGAAAUUAAUGGCCAUGAGUUCGUAUAUGGUGAACUCCAAGUAUGUGGACCCCAAGUUCCCUCCCUGCGAGGAAUAUUUGCAGGGCGGCUACCUAGGCGAGCAGGGAGCCGACUACUACGGCGGCGGCGCACAGGGUGCUGACUUCCAGCCCCCAGGGCUCUAUCCGCGGCCCGACUUCGGUGAGCAGACCUUCGGAGGCGGCGGCCCGGGCCCGGGCUCGGCGCUGCCCACGAGGGGUCACGCGCAAGACCCAGCAGGCCACUACGGCGCCCCGGGAGAGCCGUGCCCGGCGCCCCCUGCGCCCCCGCCCGCGCCCCUGCCAGGCGCCCGGGCCUGCAGCCAGCCGGGCGGCCCCAAGCAGCCGCCCCCAGGGACGGCACUCAAGCAGCCGGCUGUGGUCUACCCCUGGAUGAAGAAGGUGCACGUGAACUCCGUGAACCCCAACUACACCGGCGGGGAGCCCAAGCGGUCCCGGACAGCCUACACCCGGCAGCAAGUCCUAGAACUGGAAAAGGAAUUUCAUUUUAACAGGUAUCUGACGCGGCGCCGUCGGAUUGAAAUUGCUCACACCUUGUGUCUGUCUGAGCGCCAGAUCAAGAUCUGGUUCCAGAACCGGAGGAUGAAGUGGAAAAAAGACCACAAGCUGCCCAACACCAAAGGCAGGUCCUCGUCCUCCUCGUCCUCCUGCACCUCCUCGGCCGCCCCCGGCCAGCAUUUGCAGCCGUUGGCCAAGGACCACCACACGGACCUGACGACCUUAUAGAAGUGGGGACCCUGGGCCCAUCCCUCCCUGCGCUCCCGGCUGAGCCGAAGCCGCAGGGGCAGGCCCGGCCUGCUGUCACCUCGCUGGGCUCUAAGGUACUGUAGGGUGGACCUGGGACGUGCAGGCCGUCCUUGGACUAGGUUAGCAUCCUGCCCGAGGGCAGCCCCCUACCUGGAGCGGGUAUGGGGGUGGGAGGGGGAUGGGACUCUCUCUCUAAGUAUAUGAUCAUAUGGCAGGAGCGACUGAGAACAUAAAACCUUGGCGAGUCAUUAAACUCAUGAAAAUCUCUGCUGUUGGAUUUUGAAUUUACAAGUGAAGGUUGAAUGCUUUACCCUAGUGUGAAUUUGAACAUCCUUCCCCACCCCACGCCUCCAGGGAUGCUGUGGUUUAACAAUGUGGGGGAGUCAGGCAGCAGGUUAGCCACCCCUGUGCUAGGUGCUUUCAAUGGAAGCAGGAGAGCUGUGCCAGGAUUUCUGAACUUUCUGGGUUGUCUGUAUAAUUUCCAGUGUGAAAUUAUAUAUAUUGUUCCCACUGGCCCAUGCCCAAAGAAAUGAGUCUAAGAAGGAAGUGGAAACGGGUUGUUUUAUGUUUAGAUUAUAUUUGCUUAAAUAUUUAUUUGGUGGGGAAUGGGGUACAGAAAUAACUGACAUCUUAAUGCCAAAAACCUUAAGAUGGUGAAAGGGUCCAAAUUUCAGGAAACAGAAUCAGAGAUGUGUGGACUUACUUCAGGCUGUAACUGGCAUUUUGAACCCCACCCCCUCCCCAUUCCCUGGAAAUGUGUGUAGGGGCCCUUAACCCUUCUAGAGGGAAGCAAAGAGUCCAAUCUGAGUUGCAUUCUUGAAAAUAUAUUUCCACAUGUGCUUUUUUCAGCACUGUGCUACAACCAGUAUUAAAGGUUGUUAAAGGAAAGGAAAAAAAGAAAGAAACAAAUGGUCCAACAUUUUCCUUCUGGGGAAAGAAAACAAAACCUCUGUUCUGGGUCAUUUGAUAAUGACCAAAUUUUCUGUUCCAACUGGAUUCCAAAUGCCCAAGUAGCCCAUCUAGCAAUGUUUUAUAAGAACUGGUGUAUGGCCUAUUUGGGAGGAGGGGGUGUGCAGUGGGAAGAAAGUGGGAAGUAGAGGAAGUCUUACUUUAAAAAGGAAAAAAAAAAACAACUAAUUGAAUCUAGAAGUCUACGAAAGUUGGUCUUAGGGUUUUUCCCUGAAGGUUUUAUUUUUAAAACAAACCUUAAGGAAGUUUUUCUCAAUCCAUUAGUUAGAAGCAGAAAUUGUAAAAGUACAAAAGUUUUCAGGCCCUCUUUCUUGCCUUGAGAAUAGUGGUUUAAAACAAUCGCUCUCAAACAACAGAAGAGAUAUUUUUUAAUCAUUUUUCUUAUGCCUUGCCUGGGAAGGCUCCAAAGCUCAUUUUUCUAAAAUGUUGACCCGUAGGGUUAAGGGGAAAGAGUCAAAGGUAAUGACCAGGGUUUAUAUACUCAAAGGAAACGGGGCUUCGAAAGUUUAAACCCCAAAGCCUGGGGCUCCAAAAAGAAACCCCAGGUUGUAGCUAUCAAAAAGUGACAAAAGCAGGGAGGGAUAAAGGGUGAGCUUAAAAGAGAGACUCAGAAUUGGGGUUAUUUUUUUUUCAGUGCUCCUGAACACUUUAGUAGGUUUCAGUGGUCAUUAAAAAUACAUUGAGGUGUAGGGGAAAGAAAAGAUUUUCUCUGCAGCCAUGUUCUUUGGUUCAGUGUCUCCUGAGAGUUGAGGGCAGGUAUUCACUGGAGUCCUUAGGCUGAAAUUCCACUUCUCUAAAGUAUCUUCCAAGCCUUGGUCUUUUGUAUUAGACCCUGGGGACAGCUCUUUGUUCCUCUUUGGGGUGAGCCUGGCUCUCAGACUUGCACAUGGCAAUACUUGAAUAUCGGCACGUCGGGAUAUUAAAGAUGGAUAUUCCUGCAUUAUUCACAUCAUUGUUUCUAUGACAAAAAGCACAGAGUUCAUACAUAGUCAAGAUGUCUUUUUUCUGACACCCUCACGUUGAGAAGCUGAAAAGGUAUUUUACUGAAGUUCGGGGCUAAAUUACAGAAUCAGGUUCAUCCAGAGGACAAAUUUUCUGUUCGAUUAGCUGUAUUUCAGCCGGGAGGACUGACCUCUAAACCCUUAACCUUUUGGACUCUAACUACCCUUCUCUUCUUUUUUUCCCCCCCUCUGACAUGGAGAGUGGUCUUUGGAUGUAACAGUUGAAAAGAGCAGUUAUCCUUGGACAAGUUGGAAAGUUGCUAAGAUUCUUUCUUAAAACCCAGAUCUGUGAAUACAUUUAACGUCUCCUUGGAAGUGGGUAAAAGUAUGUUUUCACAACAACCAACUACUAUACAGGGGUGGGCAAAAGUAGAUUUACAGUGUAAUACAAAUAAGUGAUACAAUAAUUAAUCAAUAAUAAUGCAAGAAUAAAUUCUAUUCCUCACACUUACACCUGUAAACCUACUUUUGCCUACCCCUAUAUACUGUAGAGAUUAUUUAUAGAUUCCCCCUUUCCCAAAAGUUCAGGUUACUUAACCCAGCUUUAGGCCAAAUGCCAAAACUACUUAAACACCUUCACCCCCGUCCCAAUAUAAAGCCAAGAGGAAAGUUUUGAUGAAGAAAAUCCAAGCUCAUUCUCAAACAUAGCCCCAUUACUUAGGAAAGUAACUUAAUCAGAGAAACAACUUCUUUGUUUAUAAGUCCUCAGCGCUCCUUCUCAGCUUCCAGGAAUUGCCUUUUGAAAUGUUAAUUUAGCUUGGAUGGCCCAGAGGGCAGCCCACGACCCUGAGGUCCUAACUGGACCUCAGCACCCAUUUGGGCCCACAGGAGUGGGGCAGGGAAGAAGCAGGACCCCCACCCCCCCACCCCAACCACCUAGGGCAGGGAAGGAAAUGAGUUUCCAUCUGGGAACGUGCUCUAGAGAAAGCUAGAUGUAGAAAGGCUCAGUGCCCAUUUGCUUUUAUUUGUUUCCACUUUGUUCCCCCAAAUAUGAGCCAGAAGUGUUUGUGUUGGUGGUGGUGUUUUUUAAAGCUGUGUUGGGGUUGUGACUAGGGGGAAUGAAGUAUUUGCUGAGGACACUGCUCUUGGAACUCCCACCUCACUUUGUCCAUUGCAGCCUUUUGUUGGGAGAUGACAUUGUCAGUAAGCCCAUGUGUUUGUUCACACAAGAUGCUUUUUAAAUAGAAUUGACCAAUGUUCUGCUGCCAUUGAUUAAAGUAUUAUUUAUACUAA